ACCGCGGCGCCAGCAGCAUCUCUUCUACCCUCCUUGACACCUCACCCCGCGGCUCCAGACCCUAGAAGGCAGAUCGUGGACCAACAGGCGGACCCACAGUCCUCCAGCCUCUGUGGCCAGCGCAAGGCGGGCACCCGCGCCCUGAGGCUGCCGCACGGUGCCGUGGGGAGCAUCCUCGCCGAGGUCCUUUCUGCUCCCCGCCCCUCCUCGGCCCCCUGCAUCACACCUGCGAGUCCUCUUUGCCUCUUUCCAAGAAUCAUCAAGCCCCCAAAUCCCACCAGUGCCUCUUACCAACCUCGCCCUGCCCAGUCCCUGCGCCACUCCUCGCGCCGGGCCCCCCGCGCUGCCAUGAGUUCCCCCAUCAGCAAGAGCCGCGUCCUUGCCGCCUUCCUGCAGCAGCUGCGCAAUCCCGGGCAGCCCCCCCGACCCGUGACUUCUACCGCGUGCCCGCCCCCUCAGCCGCGGAAGGUGCCCCUCUGCCCGGUGAUGGCCCCUGGCGAGAUGCAGAACGCGGCGGCGCUGCCCGGCCCCACCAACUGGCCGCUGGUGGGCAGCCUGCUGGAGAUCCUCUGGAAAGGGGGGCUCAAGAAACAACACGACACACUGGUCGAGUACCACAAGAAGUACGGCAAGAUUUUCCGCAUGAAGUUGGGUUCCUUCGACUCGGUGCACCUGGGCUCGCCGUGCCUGCUGGAAGCGCUGUACCGCACCGAGAGCGCUUACCCCCAGCGGCUGGAGAUCAAGCCGUGGAAGGCCUACCGCGACUACCGCAAAGAAGGCUAUGGGCUGCUCAUCCUGGAAGGUGAAGACUGGCAGAGGGUCCGGAGUGCCUUUCAAAAGAAACUAAUGAAACCAGUGGAAAUUAUGAAGCUGGACAACAAAAUCAAUGAGGUCUUGGCUGAUUUUAUGGUUAGAAUAGAUGAGCUCUGUGAUGAAAGGGGCCACAUUGAAGACUUGUACAGCGAACUGAACAAAUGGUCAUUUGAGAGUAUCUGCCUUGUGUUAUAUGAGAAGAGAUUCGGGCUCCUUCAGAAGAAUGCAGGGGAUGAAGCCCUGAACUUCAUCACGGCCAUCAAAACGAUGAUGAGCACGUUUGGGAAGAUGAUGGUCACUCCAGUCGAGCUGCACAAGAGCCUCAACACCAAGGUCUGGCAGGCCCACACGCUGGCCUGGGACACCAUUUUCCAAUCAGUCAAAUCUUGCGUCGACAACCGGCUAGAGAAGUAUUCUCAACAGCCCAGCGUGGAUUUCCUCUGUGAUAUCUACCACCACAAUCAGCUUUCCAAGAAAGAGCUGUACGCUGCCGUCACCGAGCUCCAGCUGGCCGCCGUGGAAACGACAGCAAACAGCUUAAUGUGGAUUCUCUACAAUUUAUCCCGUAAUCCCCAAGUGCAACAAAAGCUGCUUAAGGAAAUUCAAAGUGUUUUGCCUGAGAAUCAGAUGCCACGGGCAGAGGAUUUAAGGAAUAUGCCGUAUUUAAAAGCCUGUCUGAAAGAAUCUAUGAGGCUAACGCCGAGUGUGCCAUUUACAACUCGGACUCUUGACAAGGCAACAGUUCUGGGUGAAUAUGCUUUACCCAAAGGAACAGUGCUGAUGCUAAAUACCCACGUGUUGGGGUCCAAUGAAGACAAUUUUGAAGAUUCAAGUCAGUUUAGACCUGAACGUUGGCUUCAAGAGAAGAAAAAGAUUAAUCCUUUUGCACAUCUUCCAUUUGGCAUCGGGAAAAGAAUGUGCAUUGGUCGCCGGUUAGCUGAGCUCCAGCUCCAUCUGGCUCUUUGUUGGAUCGUCCGCAAAUACGACAUCGUGGCCACAGACAAUGAGCCUGUCGAGAUGCUGCACUUGGGCAUCCUGGUGCCCAACCGGGAGCUCCCCAUCGCAUUCCGCCAACGAUAAGAUGCCUCAGAUUUUUUUUUCACCAAGACCAAGAGCAGCAAUAUUUACUCUCCUACAAGAAUGGUGCUUGCAGCUUCUGCAUUACUGGAAAGCAAAUUUCAAAAACUAGAGCAUGCAACAGCAUAUAAAGAACAUCUGGGCCCAGGUGUUUGUACUCUUUCUUGUGUACCACUGUUCCAGAAGCUGUACUGUCUAAAUGAUGGUAUUAAGAUCUUACCAACUCAGGGAAGCAGAUUGAGUGUUGGAAUGCCAAGCAUCCUACAGGGUAUACUGCUAGUUUACACUUCACCAGUGUCGACAGCAUCUGCACUUACAUAGACUUGCCCAUGAACCUGCUUUCUCUAAGACCUUUCAUGACAUGAAAGAGAGGCUGGGCACUUGUCAGUUAAUCAGGUAAACAUCUACUAAACAUUUCAGCUCCUGCUCUACCAAAUUCACUGUCUGAGUUUCUAAUUCUCAAGAGUAAGUUUACAUUUCCCAAUAAAAGGCCUACUAUGUCUAAUUGUCUAGGGCUGGGAGUGACACUAACAAUGUCCAUUUAUCGUAACUAUUUAAUGGAUUUCUUGGGAAAAUGCCUACUUAAUAACGUAAGCAAGUCUAAAUGAUGGUUAAAGUUAUCAGGACCCCAUGAAACUGCACUUUCACUGCAUUGAUAUGGAAACAAUUUUAGGAAAUUAGAGAAUACCUCUAUUUUAAAUAGAGCUUUAAUGAAGUCAGAACCUCUUAUAUUAGAAUACCUUAAUGAUUCACCGUGGCAUCAUUUUGUCAAAUGACCCUGAAAGUCUUUAUUUCAUUGAUGUAUUUCCUCUAUGGCACUGGAAUGAGAACGAAUGAACAGUUUUUAAAUUGCCUGUGUGUACAUGCCGGCACAGGCAUACACGUGCAUGUGUGCAUGUGUGUGUUCUAUGGCAGUUUGCUUCAGUCAUUUUUUUAAAUAUAUAUAGGACCUGAUUUAGGAUCUGUGGUGCAGGACAAUGUUAUGAAGUUCAGUCACAGCUUAAAAAUAUUCAGUAUGACUUUAAGAAAAUGACUUCCUAUGCUUUAAUUUUCCCAGCUAUUGAAUGGGUAAAUAGUAAAGCAGCAGUCACCAACCUUUCUGGCAUCAGGGACGGGUUUCAUGGAAGACAAUUUUUCCAUGGAUCGGGGCGGGGGCAAUGAUUUUGGGAUGAUUCAAGUGCGUUACAUGUAUUGUGUAAACCUCUCUGCUAAUGAUAACCUCUGUAUUUGCAACUGUUCUCCUGCACUAGCAUCACUGCCUCAGCCCCACCUCAGAUCGUCAGGCAUUAGAUUCUCAUAAGGAGCGUGCAACCUAGAUCCCUGGUUAUGCGCAGUUUACAGUAGGGUUUCUGCUCCUACAAGAAUCCAAUGCCCUGCUGAGGCAGAGCUGAUGUGGUGAUGCAGCGAUGGAAGCGGCUGGGAAUGCAGAUGGGGCUUCGCUGCUCACCUCCCACUGUGCAACCUGUUCUCCAGUCUGCAGCCCAGGGGCUGGGGACCACAGUAGUAAAGCAUGCAAAUGUCAGAGAUUAAUUAUGUAACAUUUGCUAUGUGAUUUGAACUCCUUGGAAAAUAUGAUUUCAUAAAUGCAAAAUGCCUAGAAAUUUACACAAUACUUGUAAAACUUAAAAAUUGUGUUUACAUAUGGUUUAUUUUUGCAUAUUUUUACUAUCACUUUUCCUAAAAGCCUAUGUAUAUUUCUGUAUAUUUGGUAAAGAUUUCCCAUUUUAGGUUAUAUUUUUAGAAUCUUUCAGAGUAUACAUUUAUAUCUUUAUAUUUUAAUAGAUAUGUACAUAUCACUAAAAUAGGUAUAUGCUUUCUCUCUGUGGUGAAAUUAUUUUUAGAAUUAUAAAUUUGCAUGUAUUGUCAGAUUUCAUCUGUAUAUCUUAAGAAUUUUAUGAAAGUAAGAAUAAAAGUUUUUAAGUAUUUGA